GUCAUUUACCCUGCGCACGGCACGUCUGGCGUCUUGUCGGUGUUAAACACUCCUGUAGUGGUCGUAUUACUGUGUCAAUCGAGAUACUCUGCAGCUUCAACGACUACGACGACGUCCUGACGUCAAUGGCAUGAUGAUGAUGCUGUGGGCGUUACUCUGUUGGUUUCUGUUGACUGUUUCAUACGGACAUGCGCAGACCCCAGUCCCAAAACCCAAAACAAUCUUUCUCCGCCUGAUAAACGGCCCUAACUAUUUCUCGGGGACGGUGCAAGUACGCAGUUCGGAAACAGAGGAAUGGGGGACCGUGUGUGAUGAUUUCUGGGACAAUACCGCCGCCACAGUCGUCUGCAGAAUGCUGGGGCACAAAUUUGGCAAAGCCCAAAAGCGAGCCGAAUUUGGCGAGGGGACUGGGACUAUCUUCAUGGAUGACGUCCAGUGCGACGGCAGCGAGUCCAGCCUCGUGGACUGCAAAUUCAAGGGCUGGGGCGUCAGUAACUGCAAACAUUACGAAGACGCCGGCGUAAUAUGCACAAAUGCCACCGUGAGUCUUGUAUCACACGACGGCGGUUUGACGUCGAGCUAUGGGGCGGUGUAUGUGAGGACCGCCAGCGGCCUCGUCCCUGUGUGUGACACUGACUGGGGUCAGGCGGACGCCGCCGUGGCGUGUAGGUCCCUAGGCUUCAUGUCCGGAAAGCACCUGUGCUGUUCCAAGCUCAGUCCGUACAAGCGUUAUGUGAGCAUUGGAAUCGACGAAAUGGCGCUAACUAGCCUGGGGUGUAGAGGAAACGAAACUUCCAUCGACAAAUGCAAACACAACACGACCGGUGAAUGCGAAGCCGGCCGCCUGGCAUCAGUUAUAUGCUACAACACCACUCUGGAUAAAGUUGACAGAACAAUAAAAGUCCAGUGGGCGGACGGUAACGUCACCAAUGGUGGCACAGUGAAGAUAUUCCGCGAAGGGCUAUGGGGACAGCUUUGUAACUACACGUGGAACGACGCGGCUGCGAACGUCACCUGCAAGAUGAUGGGUUACAAAUACGGCGUCAGCCACGGCUCUGAGUCCACCACAUUGAAGGGUUUAGCUUUUUGGGUCACCGACGUCAACUGUACGGGAACCGAAACGUCGCUGGACCAGUGUAGCAUCAAAUGGGGGAAAUCGGUCGCGAAGAGUUACUUCAGGGGCACUAACCGCGUCUUGUGUUUCAAUGAUAUCCAAGAAAAACCAACCUUAAAACUAAGUAACGGCACGUUUGGUCUAGUCCAAGUGACGUUCAAGGGACAGACGGGUACGAUCUGUACCGACAAAUGGUCAGACUACGAUGCACGUGUAGUGUGCAAACAACUUGGCUUCGUGGGCGGUGCGGCAGUGAAAAGUCAGAUUUACGGCAAAGGCACGGGGCCAGUUUUCCUCAAUAAUCUUCUGUGCAAUUCGAAAGACAAAACAGUAUGGGGAUGCAAGGGAGAUAACUGGGGCCAAGUCGAUAAGAAAUGCCUCAACCACAACAGUGAUGCUUCAGCCAUUUGUCAUAAAGGAACUGUCAAACUGACUCGUGGCGACCACAGUCAUGGCAUCGUCAACAUCAACAUCGGGGGCAUUUGGGCUGAGGUGUGCGGCAAAGACACCACUCAAAAUGAAAUUAAGGUCAUGUGUCGUGAGUUGGGGUUCCAGAAUGGCUAUGCCAUGCCGAAGGCAGCGUAUGGACCAUCCUAUUUCAAAACAUACGUUGGACCGUACAAUUGCUAUGGCAACGAGACGUCGAUUACGCAGUGCAGGAGGAAGAGCACAACUUGCUACAGGCGAUCUUCGUCCGACUACGCCUCGAUUGGCUGUUACAAUGGAACAUUGUCAAAUAAAACAUCUGUAUUGCUCCAAGAUGGCACCUCAAUUUAUGUAAAAAUCAGUGGACACGUUGUAAUACGCCAGAAAGGCGUCAGUGGCUUGAUAUGUGGCACGAAAUGGUCAGAGAAAGAGGCCAAUGUUGUCUGCAAGGAACUGGGAUUUAUGGGAGGAAAUGUGUACCGGUUCCCGUCAGUUUCCGGAGGACCGUACGUGAGGGUUGGCGUGAACUGUGUUGGCAAUGAAUCGUCUAUACUCGACUGUCCUCACACUGACGCUUCCUGUUACUAUUCUGUCGCUGCUGGUGUUUUGUGCUAUAAAUUACAAAAACCCGAACUUAAGCUGGUAGGCGGAACAAAGAAGUCUGGAGUGGUGAACAUUGUACACGAUGGUGAAAGUGGUGCAGUGUGUAGAUCAUACGGAAGUACAAUUGCAAGUGUGGCCUGUAUUCAGUUGGGCUUUAUUGACGGAGUGAUCAGUCGUGAGCAGAACGUCACUGGUUCAAAUCCUUUCAUGAGAGAUGUGACCUGUUAUGGCCACAAGUCUACUCUUUUCCAGUGUAAAAACUCGGGAUGGAGAACGGAGGAAUCGAAGCCAUGCACAUUCCUUGAAGUGAACUGUUAUGGAAGCGUUCGACUGCAAAGGGGCAGCACCAAUUCCAAUAUGACGAGUGGUUUGGUGACUGUAUAUGACGGGUCUAGAUGGAAGGGGGUUUGUGGACAAGGCUUUGGCGAAUUUGAGGCGAAACUGGCGUGUCGUGAGCUCGACUAUCCUUACUUCAAGCUGGUUCCCGGCAGCGUUUUCCGCGGAGGAUUCUUCACGUAUUACUAUAUCUACAGCUGCAAUGGAACGGAGACCAGUCUGCUCCAGUGUAGAAACAGAACAGCAUUUUUCAGUUGUAGCAGAAUCACGGGCAAAGCAGGACUGGUAUGCAGCAAGACGCCAUUUACUGAUGACAUCACAGUUAUAUUGAAGGAAGUCUUCCCGUCUGAGGUUAUUGUGAACAUCUACGGUCUGGACGCCAGUUUCUGUCGCAGCUCUUGGACAGACCUUGAGGCGUCUGUCCUCUGCAGAGAAAAGGGCUUCAGGAAUGGGAUCGCGUUUGGCGCCAAUACUCUGAACGACUUCAGCACCUCCCUGUGGCUCGGCGUCAACUGCACUGGACAUGAGACGAGUCUGAGUAGAUGUAAGAUUGACACGUCACUGCAGCUCAAGUGCUCCUCAUCAUAUGAACCAGGCGUCUUUUGCUACGGCUCCUCGACUGGUUUUCAGCUCAGUCUUGAAAAUGGAAAUGAACAAACGCCGUCGUCGGGACGCGUGGUGGCCACAUUCAACGGGAAGAAAGGCGUGGUCUGCGACAGCUACUUCAGCGACAAUGACGCACGAGUCGUCUGUCGUCAGCUGGGAUUUUCAGACGGCAAGUCCAAGUCGACGUUUGGGAAAGGAACCGGAAAUGCAUGGAUUAAGUCGCCCCGUUGCUAUGGUAAAGAGACGACGUUGUGGAGUUGUCCAAAUUCUGGUUUCAACUCGACUUCAUCCAUCUGCACUUCUCAUGCAAACGACGCCGGUGUUAUGUGCAGUGGGCUAGUUCGACUGUCCCAAAGUGAAACCCACGGAGCGAUCCAGGUGCGCGAUCCCAGCACCGACAAAUACAGCCUGGUGUGUUCGGACGAGUUCGACGACAUGGAUGCCACGGUAGUGUGCCGUGAGGUGGGAUACCGCUUCGGAAUCAGUCUGUGCUGCUCUGCCUUUGGCUACCAGCGGUACCAGAUCGGCAUCACAGACGUCAAGUGCACGGGCCUGGAGCCCAGUCUAAAGUCGUGUCCGCACAAGACGACGAUCACCAACUGUCCCAGCAGGCAAUAUGCUUCGGUCGUCUGCUCAAAUCUUGGACCGAGUACAGGAUACCAAGUGAAGCUUUCCAACGGUUCCUAUGGCAACGUGGCAGUGAACUAUAUGGGCAUCUGGGGAUACAUUUGUCCUGACAACUUCACCGACCACGACGCCAGCGUGGUGUGUAAGGAGAUGGGCUACUUGGGGGGAAGCGCGUUUAUCAACUUCAAGUACACCGACAACCGACUGCGCUGGCUCAACACCAUGAGAUGUACUGGAUCCGAGCAGUGGCUGUCACGAUGUGCCGGAGCCACGUUUGGAACGGAUGCAAAGUGCACGGUAUCUGGCGAUGCCGCUGUCGUCUGCUAUAGGAACAAAACUGAAGAGGUUCAGUAUCGAGUUAACAUCACGAAUGGUCUGACGGGCGUGGUGCAGGUUUUUAUGGGAGGGGUCUGGGGAUCUGUGUGCAACGACUUCUACUUCAGCAACUACGACGCUGACGUCCUCUGCAGGAUGACGGGUUUGUACACCGGAGGUGAGGAGGCGACGGGAUCGUUCGCUGACGGUUCAACAGCAAUGCUUAGCCAGAUGAGAUGUCCCAAGAACGCUAAGGCUAUCAGUUCGUGUCCUCUGGUGUUACGAGGCUCUUGUCGAGCAUACAGGACAACAGUGGCUGCUGUUACUUGCUUCACUAAAGCACGCCUGUAUGGUUCUAGCUCCAACUACGGACAAGCUCAGAUAUAUGUGAACGAUCAGUGGUUAACGGUUUGCGACACAAAUUUCGACAACAACGCCGCCAAAGUGAUGUGCAAAUCCAUGGGCUACAGCGACGGCAAGGCACAGUGUUGCUCUGCUGUUGGCAGUAUGAAAAGCCAGGCCAACAUAACGGCGACAAUAAAGACGUGCACGGGAUCAGAAUCGGACUUGUUUGCAUGUCAGUACACUCCGAGUAACCGCUGCUCGUCGGGCCAUUACGCAACAGUGUACUGUUCACAGUCUACUAUCCAGAACUAUGGUCUCAACAAACUCAUGCUGGCAAAGAAGACGAGCUAUGUCGGGGCGGUCCUGGUUAACCGGACAGGGUUCUGGGGACCGGUGUGUGACAAGGGGUGGACCGACACACACGCCAAGCUAGCCUGUGUACAGAUGGGGUGGGUAGGCGGGGUCGCGACAUUUUCAACGUUCAGUGACGCCCCAAUGGUCGUCGGUAACAUCAAAUGCACGGGGAGCGAAAUCAGCCUCAACCAAUGUCAGAUCAAUGAUUUUAGCACCACCACUGGGUGUUCGUACAACACGAAAGGAACUCGACGAGUUGCGGGAGUUCUGUGCUACAACAGGGGCGUGACAGUCAGUUUGACGGGAGGUGACGGGAACACCUAUGGCUUUGUCGACCUGGAGUACGACCGGGUAAAAGCCAAAGUGUGCAGUACGUUCUUCUACACAACGGAGGCUGGGGUUCUGUGUCGCCAGCUCGGCUUCGAAUCCGGGAGGACCUCCUACAUCCUCACAGCGGGCAGGUCCUCCUACGAGAAGGUCUGGAUGAACAACGUAAAGUGCCAAGGCAACGAGACUUCCAUCUUCCAGUGCCAACACAAGUGGUACACCAGCUAUAGGUCGUACUGCAGGCGCGCUCAAGUGCAGUGCUAUAACUCAGUGUAUCUCAGCGGUGGCAACAUGUCGUACGGAGUGAUCCACUACAAACCGUAUGGGGUGUGGGGAACGAUCUGCGCAGCUGGUUGGACCCAGGACAACACACAGGUGGCAUGCCGUGAACUCGGUUACUCGUACGGGAAGCACCUUUGCUGUGGAGCUAUUUACGAUAAGAGUAAUGCGAUCGCCGUGGAGGUUAAGUGUAAAGGGAGUGAAGCGCAUCUUGCCAACUGUACUUUUAAACACCUCAGCAACGAGGACUGCCAUAUCGACAAAGCGGCGGUGGCCUGCUUCAAUGCGGCUCCAGGGACAGAUUUCUCCUGGGCCUUGGACGGCGGCAACAACUACACCGGCGGCAUCGUCAUCACGUACAUGGGCAUGGAAGGCAGGGUGUGUCCAGACAGCUGGGAUUACUUGGACGCACGUGUGGCUUGCCGGGAACUCGGCUACGCAAACGGCACGAUCUACCUGCACUACCACAACACGCAGCGCAACUCUAAGGGACCGUUGUGGACGUCAAACAUCAACUGUACUGGCAACGAGAAACGACUGAACGACUGCAAAAUGGAUCCCCUAGGAGAAGUGACGACAUGUUCGUCCCAGCACACUGCGGGAUUGCUCUGUUUUAACAAAGAAGACGUUUACUACCGCUUGACUGGGAAAAAGGACAACAUAGGACGAGUGGAAAUAUCGGUGGAUGGAGUUUGGGGAACUGUGUGCGACCGAGACUUUGACUUCCGCACGGCUAACGUUCUUUGUCGGUCUUUGGGGUACAUGGAAGGAGAGGUGGAGCCGAUUCGCUCAGCAGUUAAUCAAAGCAACACCCCUCCGACCCCGGUGUACACGGGGGCGUUCCGGUGCACGGGCCAAGAGUCUACAUUGACUGACUGUCCUCACGACGGCUGGCACCUCUCUAAAAGCUUCUACUGCAGCAACCACUACUCCGAUGCCGCCAUCAGCUGCUACGGGAAACUUAAACUUGGCCUCAGAUACGACGUAGACCUUACCCAGGGUCCCGUGCGGUACUACUACGACAACACGUGGUACCCGGUGUGCGACAGCGGCUUCACGGACACCAGCGCCAAGAGGGUGUGUCAGGAUCUGAAUUACGCAGACGGCAAGGCGAUUUGCUGCUCGGCGUAUGGAAACCUGGACUCGCACCACGAGUACCGGCCCAAGCCCGUGUUCAAGACAAACAUCAGCAUGGUGUGCGCUGGCGGUGAAGACAGCAUAGAGAAGUGUGUCAAGGUGGGCGUGUGUCAGUCGAAAUACUACGCUUCUGUCGUCUGCUUCAACAACACAGCUGUGAUUAAUGAAGAUUACACUUUCACCUUUGGGAAGAAACCGACUGGGAUGGUGGUGGCCACGCAUUACGGUAUCAGCGGUCGCGUCUGCAACAACCUGUGGGACGACUUUGAUGCCAAGGUGUUCUGCAAGAACAACCACUUCACCGAUGGCAUCGCCUACCACUACGACCCAGGUGACGACCUGCCGAGUUUCAAGGAGCCGUUCUGGCUGAGCAGCGUCAACUGUACGGGGAAGGAGACCGGGCUCGCGAAGUGCCCCUUUAAUGACCGCAUGUCGCUUGGAAACUGCAGUUAUUCCGAUGUGUCGAGCGCCCUCUGCUUCAAUGGAGACCACGAUAUAAAAUAUAACAUGUCUGGAGGCGCCAAUUAUGGGCGUGUUGAUAUUAGAGUGGGCGGAGUCUGGGGCACUGUCUGUGAUGAGUACUGGGAUGACAGAGAGGCGGGCGUGUUCUGUCGACAGAAAGGCUUUGACGACGGCUACGCCCUCGACAAGGCCACCUAUGGGCAGGGCAGCGGUCCGGUUUGGCUGAGCCACCUCAUGUGUACUGGAAAGGAGACGACCCUUCACACGUGUCCACACAAAGGCUUCCAUGACGAGAUUGUCGACGACAGCAGCUUCUUCCCCCGCGUCUGUGAGAGCCAUGCUGACGACGCGUCCGUUUAUUGUGUGAAAUCAUUGAGGUUGAAUCUUGGAAUGAAUGCCUCCCAAGGAGCGGUUCAGAUCUACCAGGAUCACAAAUGGACUACUGUCUGUGCGGAUGGUUUCAACGCACAUGCAGCGAAGGUGGUGUGUACACAGCUGGGCUUCAGUGAAGGCAUUGAUAUUGGAAAUUCCAACUUUGGGCCCAUGAAGGAUCCAACGGGAAUCUCGAGUCUCACGUGCACUGGAACCGAGACUGACGUCACUGCGUGUAGAAUAACCAAAUCAACCACGUGCCCAAGCAAAGCUUAUGCAGGAGUUAUCUGUUCCAAACAACCAUUCGUCGCUUCAGGUUUCAACAUGAGGAUGAUACCAGAGGACCCUGCCAAGCCAUUUUACGGGAGGCUGGAGGUGGAGAAUGAUGGAGUCAAAGGUAGCGUCUGCAUGAAGGGGUUCGGCACAUCGGAGGCCACAGUGGUGUGUAAACACAUUGGGUAUGCCGGCGGCGUUCCGAUGGAUACGGAGUUUGACAUAUCCGGGUUUUUGAAUGGAGGCAAACUGAAAAGAGAUAACGAGCCGCCCAUCAUCAUGUCAAAUGUCCACUGUUCGGGGACUGAGAAGACACUAAAAUCCUGCAAAUGGUCGUCCAAGGCGUCGACGAAAGACUGUCAUUACGAGGCUAAAAGAGCUGGCGUCUUGUGCUACAAUGACACAGGUGUUAAGUAUCAAGUUGGAUCUGGCAGCGGCACCGGGGCGGUAGAAAUAAGGGUGAACGGUCGCUGGGGGCCCGUCUGUGACCUACUCAGACGUCCGGAGAACGCCGUCGUGGCGUGUAAAUCCGCUGGCUACUCUAGUGGAAUGUUCGUACCAUCGACGCCGUACCUGGCACCCUACCGCGAAUCGUCCAAGAUGAUGUUUUACUACAUUUACUGCAUCGGCCAAGAGACCAUGUUGACGGAGUGCAUAAACGACGGAUACGACAGGAUCUACAGUACCAAGAACUACAACACCCGCUGUCAGACGGGCUAUCUCAUGACCGUGCAAUGCUUCAAUAAACCUAUCGCUAUCACAGAAGUUAGAAUUGUAGAUGGACAAACUGCGAACGAAGGAAGACUGGAGGUAUUUUUACAGGGGCCAGACAAGUGGGGCACCGUUUGCGAUGACCUAUGGGACAACACAGAUGCUAGCGUGGUUUGCCAGCAGCUCGGGUACAAGCAGGGAGGGAAGGCGGUCAAAUUGGCGGCCUUUUUCCCCGGGUCUGGCCCUAUAUGGCUGGAUGAUGUGAACUGUUUCGGGAAUGAGUCUAGCAUUAACCAGUGUCCGCACGCGGGCUUCGGAGAGAGCAACUGUCAACACAACGAAGAUGCUGGCGUUAUUUGUCAAGACAAGCAAGAACCGAUAACUACGACAACAGUCAAACUAGUGACAACUCCCAGACCAGCACCUAAAACAACUCCCACUCAAAGACCGGUAAUAACGACUCCGAAACCGGCCACGUCGGAGACGAUGACAGCAGUUCCUGGCGAAAGCGGCCGCUCAUCAGGCAGCGUGGACGAGAGCGUGCUCAUUCCCGCCACCAUCAUCCCCAUCGUCGUCAUCCUCCUCGUGCUGGCGUGCGUGCUCAUCCUGGUGCGCAGGCGCAACUUGGGCAUGGACGACACGAGCAGCCUCGUGAGCGGCGGCAGCAGCAGCUUUUCGGGGGCCUCGGGAUCCGUGAUGAUGAACAAGGACAGCGUCGCCUACUCGCCCGAGGUGCGCGACAACGAGGACAACAACGCCUUUACCAACCCCAUGUACGACAACGCCAUAGGAGACAUCAAGCUCGACCUCGAAGCCAUGGAAGUCAACCCCAAGGUGGAGGCAGACGAACAAGUUUGAUUGGCUGCUUUGCUUUCCUUUAGCAAACGAACAAAUGCGAUUGAUCAUAAUAACUUUUUGGCAGAUGGCAAAUCUGAUUGGUUACUUACUUGAGAGGAGCAACUGAUUGGUUCCUUACGAAAAAGUAGCUAACAGCAGCCAAUCAAACAAGAAAGAAACUUAUAAUGGUGACAUGUACUAUCUGACUAGUAACCAGUAAUUAAAUAUAAUAAUUGUGACAUAUACUAUCUGACUAGUAACCAGUAAUUAAAUAUAAUAAUUGUGACAUAUACUAUCUGACUAGUAACCGCUAAUUAAAUAUAAUAAUUGUGACAUAUACUAUCUGACUAGUAACCACUAAUUAAAUAUGAUAAUUGUGACAUAUACUAUCUGACUAGUAACCGAUAAUCAAGUGAUAAUAGUGACAUACAAUACCUAUAUGCCCUCUUUUUGGUAAAGUUUUAAAUGACUUGUAUCUUACGCAUAUUGACAUUCUCAUAUACACAUUUCUAAUAAUUAAUAUAUUUUUGUUCAUCAUACGAACUUGUAGUGUGCGAUCGUUUUUACAGGGAAGGGGUGGGAAUUAAAUAGCUUACGUAGGCGAUGUCAUUUAAUACAUUUCGUAUAAUCUACACCUAAAAUAAUCGUUGUUUAUUAUAGCCUUGUAGUCUGAACAGGACGAUAUUAUAAAAUGGGUAAUUUUAAACAUUUUGUCCACGACUGUUAAUUUUGAACAUUUUGCCCACGUCUAUUAAUUUUGAACAUUUUGUCCAUGUUAAUUGUGAACAUUUUGUCCAUGUUAAUUGUGAACAUUUUGUCCACGUCUGUUAAAAGUUCCAAAUGUCUCCCAUUAGCACUUGAACUUCAGCGUUUUGUCCAAUUGUUAUUACGCUCCGAUCAUUUCAUAUACAGUGUAAUGCGUUUAUUGUAGUUUUGGCAGUGCAAAUGACCUUGGGGUUGGGGAUAGACUGGGGAAGUAUCGGGGCUGGGGGACAGAAAUUGCUCUAGAAUCGUAAAAUAUAUUUCAUAGCAAUAAUUCGUCUAUAGAGAGGAUUAUUGAUAUUUUAAUGUUCUAUUCAAAGGUCACCUGUACUAACGUUGCACAUGUGAUAUUACCUACACACGACUGUUUAUUAUCACGUUAUCCUACUUCCUACUGUGUAAUUACUGUCUUUAAAUAUACUUACAUAUGUACUACGUCAGUCAAUAAUAUAUACAUAGUGUAGAUCAUGUACAGAUAAUAUAUCCAGAAAUAUUAUAGAAUGUGAGUGUGUGGAGAGAGAGAGAGAGAGAGAGAGAGAGAGAGAGAGAGAGAGAGAGAGAGAGAGAGAGAGAGAGAGAGGGAGAGGAAACAGACAGAGGGAUCUUUAUUUUGUUAACCUAUACGUAUCUGAUUCUUUUUGUUCUUUUAGUAAUACUACUUAUACAUGUUUUUAUGUCGGACUACUAUGCAAUUUAUUAGUGCCUUAUUGUCGCGAAUAAACAGAGCUUGAUAUUA